AUGGAUAGCGAGAUCCCUCUCCCACCACCGCGGCGAAUCCGGCACCGCUCGCCCGCGACCGCGAACCCCUCUGCGACCGACAGAGCGGUAUCCUCAUUCCAGCGCACGCAGCGACUGUCGCGUUUCGAUGAUCGCUCUAGUCAGCCGUCCAGCGACUUGGCGCUGUUCUCCAGUGACGAUAUACCGGCUUCCGGGCUGGAGAACUACCAUGCGACGGGGCCGGGCGCGGGUCGCAAACGGCGGUAUAGGGGGACUUGGUGGGGGGAGCAGGUGUUAGAUCCCAAGCGGAAAAGGGCCAACUUUAAGGAGAAGAGGAAUGUUGAUAGUGGUGUGUGGAUGGGGAGUGAUGAGUCGGGUGCUGAGUCGCUUUUGCCGUCAGAGGAUGGCUCGGCGUGGGGGGAAGACUUGCCCAAGUCUAUGCUUGAUCCUAGAACGUCUGGAAGUUUCACCCCCUUCGGUAUACAGACGGAGAAAAUGCCCUUACAGUCUCGUGUUGCGUUUAGAAGCUCUGAGGAGUCCGAUGCUCAUCGGUUUGCGCGGGAGGUUGUUGGCGAUUGUCUUGACAAGGGACAUGAGAGUAUUGAUCUGAGCGACUUCCAUCUGACAUCUAUCCCAUCCGGUCUGCUACGACCUCUGCAGCACCUCACGAAGCUUCCCUCAGUGAGGGAAGCCCCAGUUUCAGAGAUCGUCUUCACGUCCCUACAGCCAUUCCUCAGCAUCUAUCUCCCUAACAACUCCUUAUCAGCCCUGCACAAUGAUCUCUUCGAGCUCACCAACCUCAAAGUCCUCAGCCUGCGAAACAACAAGCUGACGGAAAUCCCAUCUACAAUCCGCAGACUAACAGCGCUGGAAGUCUUGAACCUUUCCGUCAACCAAUUGUCCUACCUUCCCUGGGAGAUCCUCGAACUCAUGCAACAAGGCGAACUAAAACACCUAACCGUCCGCCCGAAUCCAUUCCUCCCAAUCGAAGAAGCGCAGAUCGCAGACUGGCACUACAAACCUACCAAUAAGAAGGAAACAGAGAACACCGAGAACUCAUCUCCUCCACUCCAAUUCCAAGAUCAGGAAUCUCCUCUCGACGAGGGUUGGACCCCUCUCCACGUCGCAACAGGUCCGAUCACCGACCUGAACAUGGAGGGCAAUCCCAUGGGAGACAGCUCAUCCUCCAACAGACUCGCUCUCACACCAUCGGGACCGACCUCCCCUGUAAACAACGCCCCGUCCUUGCGCGAAGUCGCGCUCCGUGCCGUGAGCAAGCUCCCCUACCUGGAGCAAACCACCGACGAAGAGCUGGCUGAGUACCCGGCACUGAUUGUACCCUUGUUGCAACGAGCGAGGGAAGUGCGCACUGCGGGUGGUCAGCCCUGUUCCGUCUGCCAGCGAGAAUACGUGAUUCCCCGUGCUGAAUGGAUAGAGUGGUGGGACUUUACGCCGUGUGAGAAUGGGAUGAAGAUGCCUCGCUGUCCCGGUGAGAAGCUGAGACCUUUACCGUUUCGGCGGUUUGGCUGUAGCUUGUCCUGCGUGCCGAGGACGUGUUGA